CAAGAACCGGAGGAGGAUAACUUCCAAAAGUGCAGCAGCAACCACUUUCCGAAAUUGUGGGCCAACAACGCCCUGACGCAGCACGCGACGCGGACAGGCGUGAACCCACUGGUUUACGCACAGAUCCGGCAACAGCGAGUGCCGGACGCGGAGAAGAAGGAAGCGACCCUUGCUUCACGCCAGCGACCGGAACUUGGUGCGUGCGUGGCGGACGGGGAGAGAAAUGAGGAAAAAAGGAGCGAAAUUGCGGCUGAAGAAAAAGGAAAGCUGGACAGUCUCACGGACGAGGAAGAAGCGGCUCUCCGCAAGCGUUGGGAGAAGCUCAACCCGACCGCGACCGAACUUUUCUGCGCCAGGCCCGACCGCCAGAUCGCCAAAGGGGCC